AUGCCGUCGGUUUCGAAAGCGGCGGCGGCGGCGCUGAGCGGGUCCCCCCCGCAGACUGAGAAGCCGACCCACUACAGGUAUCUAAAGGAGUUUAGGACAGAGCGGUGCGCCCUGUUUGUACAGCACAAGUGCGCCCACCACAGGCCAUUUACCUGUUUCCAUUGGCAUUUCCUAAACCAGCGCCGACGCAGACCACUCCGCAGGCGCGAUGGCACCUUCAACUACAGCCCCGACGUAUACUGCACCAAGUAUGACGAGGCCACGGGUGUGUGCCCCGACGGUGAUGAGUGCCCGUACCUGCACCGCACAACAGGGGACACGGAGCGCAAGUACCACCUCCGUUACUACAAGACGGGGACCUGCAUCCACGAGACAGACGCCCGGGGCCACUGUACCAAGAACGGGUUGCACUGUGCCUUUGCACACGGGCCCCUGGACCUUCGGCCGCCCGUGUGUGACGUUCGGGAAUUGCAGGCUCAGGAAGCCCUACAGAACGGCCAGCUCGCAGGUGGGGACGGCCUCCUGGACCUGCAGCCUGGGGUCCUAGCCAGCCAGGCCAUGAUCGAGAAGAUCCUGGGUGAGGAUCCCCGGUGGCAAGACAAUAGCUUUGUGCUGAGCUGUUACAAGACAGAGCAGUGCCUGAAGCCACCGCGCCUCUGCCGCCAGGGCUACGCCUGCCCACACUUCCACAACAGCCGUGACAGGAGACGUGACCCCCGCAGGUUCCAGUACAGGUCCACGCCCUGCCCCAGCGUGAAGCAUGGAGAUGAAUGGGGUGAGCCCUCGAGGUGUGACCGCGGGGACAGCUGCCAGCAUUGCCACUCGCGCACGGAGCAGCAAUUUCACCCCGAGAUCUACAAAUCGUCAAAAUGCAACGACAUGCGCCAAACCGGCUCCUGUCCCCGGGGCCCCUUCUGUGCCUUCGCACAUGUUGAAAAGAGCAUCGGACUCUCCAGCGACUGGGGCUGCCGCGAUCCGAACGCCACCAGCAAUCCCACAGCCGACAGUGGACCACUGGGAAACGCAAAGCGGAGAGACUCGCCCGCGGAAGGUGGCCAGAAAGCCAGUGAUCCCAGCAGCAAGCAGAACCACCUCACCGUACUCGCCAUGGUCCGCCCGCUCACCUCUGCGGCCCGGUCCGGGGCCUCCUCGCCAACAGUGUUGUCUGCCCUGGAUGCCCGAGCCCUCCUGCUGGACCCCAUAAGUAACACGGUCGAGUCAGUCCUCGGUUCGGCUUUAGAUCUCCAUUUUAGUGACAUAAAUAUCGCAUCUCUAGACAAAGACCUGGAAGACCAGAACAGCGAACCUGGGCUAGCAAGUCACGGGCUGCUCGGGGACUCAGCACCAGUCGCCAUCCCAGGCCCCCUGACGCGUUCGUCAUCCCUGCUCUCAUCCUCAUCACUGUCCACCUCCCCGCUCAGCUCGCUCUCCCAGUCUCUGUCGGGGCCUCUGGUCUCUUCGGCCAUGACGCCCCCCCAGCAGCCCCCACCAACCCCGAAGUCAGAGCCUGGAGGCCUGGGUUCCUCAGCUUCCACCAGCUCCUUAGGUUUAAACGGCGUCCCCGGGAGCAUCUGGGACUUUGUUUCCGGCAGCUUCUCCCCCAGCCCCUCCCCGAUCCUGAGCGUCGGGCCUGCGGCCACCUCCACCGGAAGCCCAGGCGCUGCAGAGCUAGUGCGCGUGCGUCGGCAGCUGGACGAGGCUAAGCGCAGAAUCCGGCAGUGGGAGGAGUCCUGGCAGCAGGUGAAGCAGGCCUGUGACGCCUGGCAGCGCGAGGCCCGCGAGGCCCAGGAGCGCGCUAGGGCUGCGGAUAGUGACAGGCAGGCGGCGCUACAGCGCAAGGAGGAGGCAGAGGCGCAGGUCAUCGUCCAGCUGCAGGCAAAGCAGUGCCUGGCAUGUCGGGAGCAGGCCCGCAACGGCGUCUCGCAGCCCUGCCCACACCGCGUUCUCUGUGAGCCAUGUGCUGCCAGCGCACCUCCCUGCCCCUACUGCAAUGGGCAGCCAUCCCUAGAGAUCUGGAAGAAGCGCAAGCUGUUUCCUGGGUUGUCUUCAACUCUCAGAGUCUGCCCAGAGUGGCGGAUGCAGGUGCAUGCCCCCGGGGCCGGGAGUAAUGGCGGUACAUCUCUGUCCGCCUCCGGCUUUGCCAAAGACUUUUAA